AUGCGGACGCUGCUUGCUGAUCAGUUCAUGGCCCUAUGUCUUCCACAGCAACACGUCUCCGCCAUGCAUUUCUCGCUCUCCUCUCUUCUCCUGCUAGGGAUCAGCGCACUGGUAUCUGCCAGCUCUUUGACAAUCACCAUCCCCGUCUCUAGUCCCCUCCCAAACCCACAUGUCCUCCCCGCAACCAGCCAUGCCACUCUCACCACUCUCCCCUCUGGUGGGAAAGAUCACAUCCUGUCCGCACCACUGACCCGCUCGGCAACAUUUGUGUUCCAUGAUCUCCGAUCCUCUGGUGCGGAUGCUCAGCCCGAGUCAUACUUGCUCGAUAUCCGCUCUGCUGGCGACUACGUCUUUGCCCCCUACCGCGUCGAUGUUGCGGCUGAUGGAUCCAUUCUCGGUAUCUGGGAGACUUUCCGCGGGAACCCGUGGGACAACCGUGGUGCAGAGAAAUAUGUCGUGGAUGUUGCCGGAAAGGAGCCGGUUGAUGUGGUUGUCGAGGCCAAGGUUCUUGGACGGAAGGUAUUUUAUGAGCAGCGCGCUCAAUGUGAGCUUCCCUUCUCCCGCAGAUACAAUCUGCAGUAA